AUGGAUGCGGUUACCUCUUCUUCGCUGAAACUUUUUCCCUACAAAUUUUCCACUUCAUCCAAACUUUCCAAACCUUUCAUGGUCUGUUGCAUGAAGAAGAUGAAGGAACUUACCCUCGAACCGGUCUGCUGUUCAGGUGUGGGUGGAGCAUUCGUUCAUGGAAUGCAAAUGAUGGAGCGACCUUUGUUGAUUCGUGCUGCUGCAUUUGAAGAAGAAAACAAUCAGGCUAUUCCUCAAAUAACUCUUCCGCUCAUCGACUUUGCUGAUGUAACAAAAGCUACCUCAGACUUCGCCCGCCUUCUUGGGGCUGGUGGGUUUGGGGAGGUGUUCUAUGGCAUUUUUGACAAUGGAACUGAAGUUGCGGUAAAAAGGGGUACAACCAUGAAGAACUCGCUUAAGAAUGAGGCGCAGCUCAUGUCUCUCAUUGGAAACCACCAAAACAUUCUGCCAGCUUUAGGACACAUCAUUGAUGAGAAUGGCAACUUUUGGGCAAUAUUCAUGAUAUCAUAUUCAGCACCGAUAACAAACUUAAGAAUUGCCUCUGGUUUGAAUUAUCUCCAUCAUGAGUUGGAGUUCGGAGUGCUCCUCCACAUGGACAUCAAGUUGGCUAAUGUUCUGUUAGAUGCCAACUUCAUUCCCAAAAUAUCGGAUUUUGGAUUGGGGAUGUUGUUUUCUCACCGCAAUUCCUCUCCUAUUGUGGCAAAAAAAGGUGUUGUGGGAACUGAGUAA